AUGGAUCUACCAAAAAGACCUAUCAGAACAAGAGCAGGGUUCAAUCAUAUGUUUGAUAUAAAAAAUCUCUUGGGGGAUCCAUUUGCUUUGGCCACAUUAUCAAUUGCGUUUAUAUCAUGGAUUAUUACCCUUGCUGGGUCAGCUGCUUCUGCUUCCAAUAAUGAAACGUUUCCUCGAUUCACGUGGUGGGGGAUAGCAUUUCAAUUCGUUAUCAUAGUUGCUUUAAUUUUAUUUUAUGCAUUUGAUCUUAUAGACUAUUACAGAUCUUUCCUUGUUGGAUGCAUUUCUAUUUGUUUUGUUUAUAAUACAAACAGUGCUACAAAUUUGAUAUAUGGCCUCGGUUCUAGAAAAGCUGCAGCCUCUGCGGGGGUCAUAUUAUUAUCUAUUGUCAAUUUCAUCUGGAUAUUUUAUUUUGGUGGUGACAAUGCAUCUCCAGUCAACAGAUGGAUAGAUAGUUUCAGUUUGAACGGUAUCAAACCGUCACCUUUAGAACAUUCGAAACUUAGAGCACGUCGUAGAUCAAGUAGAAUGGCAACACAUAAUCUAGAAAAUAAUAACAUGCAUGACUAUAACAAUCGUAAUACGAGAUUUGCAAGCACAACGAGUUAUCAAAACUACAAUAACAGUAAUUCAACUGAAAAUGUGCCACAACAUAGUUAUAUGUCUUCUAAUGCAUUGGCUGGAUUUGAAAACACUGAGCCUGGAUACACCCAUCAAACAGAUUAUAAGAAGGAUAUUGACACUACUACAAAUAUAAGUAAUAUACAUAAGAACCAUAAUAGUGGUCUUGGUGAUACAUUUAUGUCUAGUACGAAUGGCGACACUAUGAUGACAGGUACAGUAGGAUUAUACAGUGAACUAGGUGAAGAAGAUAGUUUCCCAUACAUGGCCCGAGCAUUAUUUUCCUAUGAGGCAGACCCCAACGACCAAUAUGAAAUAUCGUUUAACCAAGGUGAAAUCUUAAAAGUAACAGAUAUAGAAGGUAGAUGGUGGAAGGCUAGAAGAGCAGAUGGCACCAUUGGCAUUAUACCAAGUAAUUAUGUUGAAUUAAUUGAUGCUGCUGAUAAGUGA